CACAUCACUGAUAGGAUACACAAUAUUAUACAAAAAGUGGGUUAUUUUUAAAAUUCUCAAUUUAAGGAUGCAGUAUUUUCCUUCUUUCUUUUUAGCUACGCGUUUACGCCACCACCUCCUGACGUUCUCAGAUAAAGUGUGCAUAGUUUCGUGUUGGUUGUUCACUGUGAAGCCCGAGUGGGAGGAGGAGGAAGAGGAAGGAGAGGAGGAUUUCAUGACUGGAGCGAUUCGCUCUUCUCAGAGCGCAAGAACGCACCGAGUCAGCUGGGGACUCAUGUAAACCUGCGGGGGAUUAUCGCAAGAGUUUGAACCUUUUCACUUAAUUUUCUUCAGUUUUCUUUUACUUUUUUAACGAAUCAACAACUUUAACGGAUAUGUUGGUGGAAGUUUCAAAUGGCGUUUUUCUCCUCUUAUCAUGCAUGUUGCUGCGCCCCGUGUUUUCAGUGCAGAAUCAGAUGUGUGACCUAAUGAAGGAAAUAAACAAGGAGAGAGACAUCUGCGAGGCUCAGAGUGAGAACAAAACAACUGGUUGCAAUAGGACGUGGGACAAGAUCACCUGCUGGCCCAGCGCUAACAUUGGAGAGGUGAUUACCAUCCCAUGUCCCAAAGUAUGUGUGUGUUUGAUUUUAGUGUCUGCAAACUUCUGUCUUUGUAACCUGUCAAAGACCUGCAAUGAGGAGGGUUGGACCCCAGUCAGCAUAGAUUCCUACAUAAUGGACUGUGGAUACAGUCCCAACAGCACCGCAGAUGAUGAUACGGAGGAGUUCUUCGACGCUAUCAAAGUGGGUUACACCAUUGGUCACAGCGUGUCACUCAUUUCUCUGACGAUCGCCAUCAUCAUUUUAUGUCUCUUUCGGAAGCUGCACUGCACAAGAAACUACAUCCACAUCCAUCUGUUCGUGUCAUUCAUAUUGAAAGCUGUGGCUGUUUUCAUAAAGGACGUGGUUCUGUAUGAUGUUGGGGAGAGUGACAAUUGCCAGCCAACUGUGGGUUGUAAGGCAGUGGUGGUCUUCUUCCAGUAUGGGGUCAUGGCAAGUUACUUCUGGCUGCUGGUGGAAGGCCUCUAUCUGCAGAUGCUGUUAGCUGUCUCGUUUUUCUCAGAGAAGAGGUAUUUCUGGUGGUACAUCCUAAUCGGUUGGGGGGCUCCAACCAUCUUUAUCUCAGCAUGGGUGAUUACCAAAGCUUGUUUAAAUGAUCCUGGAUGCUGGGAGACAAUUGAUGACAACCCAUGGUGGAUCAUCAAAACACCUAUUUUAGUCACCAUACUUGUGAACUUCUUCCUCUUCAUCUGCAUAAUCUGGAUUUUGCGACAGAAGAUUAAUUGCCCCGACAUCGGAAGAAAAGAAUCCAAUCAGUACUUGAGACUGGCUAAAUCCACGCUGCUGUUGAUACCUCUCUUUGGAAUAAACUAUAUCAUUUUUGCCUUCAUCCCUGAUCACAUCCACCCCCAAGUCAGGAUGGUGUUUGAUCUUGUUCUGGGGUCAUUUCAGGGUUUUGUAGUCGCAGUUUUGUACUGUUUUCUGAACGGAGAGGUACAGUCGGAGAUUAAGCGUAAGUGGCGCAGGUGGAUGCUGCAGAGGUUCCUGGGUGCUGACACUAAGUACCAGCAGCCCUCUAUAGGCAGCAACGGCAUCAACUUCAGCACCCAGAUCACCAUGUUGACCAAAUGCAGCCCCACAACACACCGGGUGUCUGUGUGUCAGGAGCACCUCUCUGCCAUUUGAAACCCAAGUUAACUGCCCCUCUCUUUUUAUCAUUAUACACUGAAUGUGUGACUCACAUGCACUGUUGCAGUGCAGUUGUUAUUGGUUACUGAGUGUAAUGGAUUAAAAACUGUCCUUACAUGAAGAAUUAAUAAUAAAAUAAAAAUUAAAAACACUUAAAUGGAACAUUUCCAUUUUCACAAUAGUGGAGAUAGCCAGAGAUGAGCUGGGUCCUGUUUAUUAAAAGGGUGUGUCACACAAGAGGACUCCUAGCACAUGCCAUGUUGCUUAGAGACACAGUGGUAACAACAUUAAAGCAGUCUCAUAGGAGGAACCUAUAGCAUAACAGUGUUAGACAUCCCUCUCCUGUCUGUGACAGUUUUAUAAGGCACAUGCACAUUGCUGAGUUAGUGCCAGAUAACAAUCCAAAAGGAGAGACUAAAGCUCUUAAGAAACAUAUCUCAGAUUACAAAGAGUUUAGUUUUGUCUAAGUGCACAGUCACUUAACAGAUAUUCAGUUUUACUGUUUCUGCAACUAAUGGACCAGAUGUGUUCCAUUAUUAGUCCACAGUACAGAACAUUGUGAAUAUUAUUUCAGUAGUAGUUUCUGUUCUGUUCUGUUCUGUUAUAUUAACAGUUUAUUGCAUUGGUUAGUCCACCUCUUUCGUCCAGACCUAAAUAUCUCAACAACUGUUUUAUGGAUUGCCACUGUACAAACAGUCAUAUAAUUCAGUAGGCUUUGCCUCUAACACCACAGUGAGGUUCACAUGUGUAUGUAAUAUGUUUUCCUUCAUUCAUACGUAGAGGCAGCGGCAGUGUUGCAUUUCAUGUGGGAGUCAUGUUGGCGCUCAGUGUUCACUUUACAUCUCUCUCUUGUCUUUGGUGUGUAAAAAGUAUAUCUUAACUGUAAGUACUUCAGACUUCAUGGCAUUGCUGUUGUACUUCAUUUAAUGUGAAACUGUAAAUAUGGUUACAGAAUUGGUUUAGGAUGUGUUUUAUGGUGACAACUUAUAGUGCUCAGGUGUUGACUGGAAUUUGAUGUUUACACUUAAAACUGUACAGUAUGUUCUUCCCUCAUGCUAUUUGCAUAAUGCCAGUAAUGUCAAUGUGAACUGCCCUUGAGCGAGAGUCGUCACUGAAAACAGCAGAUUCAACCAUUAUCUUUAUUUUUGUGUAAAUAAAGCAACCAGGUAUAAAGAAAUAUAUGAAAUGAUAUUUUAAAAAACAGAUGUAUAAAUCAUUAUUUUAGCUUGUUGUUAAAUAAAUU